CUUGAGGUGUAGGCUCGUAGACAGGUCCGUUUGAGUUGGCAUCAUCAGGUGGAUUAUUAUUUACAGUUGUGUCCUUGAAGUCGCAGAAUCAGCAUGGCGAACAUGAGCGGAGCGGCCAUGGAGGGCGAAGUGAUGCGUUAUGCUGAGUACACAUCCAAAUCAAAUGUACGAAGUGAAGCAGAAAUCGACAAACGAUUUGGUGGAACUCUUAUUGCUGUUGGUCUUGGUGUGGCGGCAGCAGGCUUUGCAGGUCGCUAUGCAUUCCAGCUGUGGAAGCCCCUGGGACAAGUCUUCUCCGAGACUGUGAAGAAGAUGCCCACAUCGGCUUUCUCUUCCCAUUAUUACAAAGGAGGGUUUGAGCAGAAGAUGACCAAACGGGAGGCCAGCCUCAUCCUAGGAAUCAGUCCUACCAGCACUAAGGUGAAGACACGGGAUGCCCAUCGGAGGAUAAUGGUCCUUAAUCACCCAGACAAAGGUGAGUUGAAGCCUUUAACCACACUGAGCAUGUGCCAACCCUUAAAGGGACGGUUCACCCCUAAAAAAGCGGGUGAACUGUUGUGCUCCUUAUCCAUUUAGAUUGUUUCGGUGUGAAUUGCUGACUGUUAGUCAUGUCUGCUUUCUCUCAGAAAUAAUGGCGCUUGAUGGCGCUUGGCCUGUGCGCCCCGAAAAUACAGUUUGAAAAAUUCAACUGACAGCAACGUUCUCUUUCCAGAAAUCAUGACCUGGUUACUCUAUAAU